AUGUAUCAUCCUUUCAAAAGGCCAAAACGCUUGCGAGAAACGACAAAUCCCUCGUCGUAUCGAGCGCGUUCGCCGUCUCCAAGAUUAAAACAACGGCAUCGUGGUCCGACUCAUCCGCCUUCGCCCAACUUUUUACAGUUUGCUGGUUUUGUCGUUGCAAUUAUCAUAACUGGUACUCUCUAUAUCUCGUUGUCGAAAUUAGCGUCGCGACGCACAGGGACUUCACCUACUCCAUCAUAUAUCGAAAUAGGUUCAACUCGAAUACGUUCACUGGCACCGUCACCAAAAGUCAUUGACAGAACCGUCCUUCAUGUCCUUCAUGAUAUCCACGGACCCGAUGAUCAUCACGAUUUAUCUCCCUUGACAGUCUCACGACCCCAUCUCAAAUGGCCCCCGAUUGUCACCAGAAUUCCUGAGUCUAAAGAUGUUUCAGAACUUGAACGUGCAGCCGUUCACGCUCCCAGUAUACUGACAGCUUUGGCAGGUGCUGACGCAGCCCGAUUCGACGAAUCAGUUUGUGGUUCGUUUCCCUGUCGUUUUCUUCUUCCCCUUCACAUCGCGGAGCAAGAACCCAAAGCCUAUUUCCAUCUCCACCAACUAGCUAUCCUCGCAAGCAGCCUGAAUCGCACUCUCGUUCUCCCGAAUGUAGGCAACAAUCGUAUAGGAGCUUGCUCCAAAUGGCCACUCGAUUCAUAUUACGACGUGGAUUUGCUCAGAAGCGCCCUCCCUGCUAUCAACACUUUGCCUUUCACUGUGUUUGACAAUUGGAGUGAAACGCGUUCUAUCUUACCUACAAGCAGAACCAUCUCUUUCAGUGUCGGGGAACGAGAUUCACUACCAGAUCCUCUCACUGACGACGAUUUCACCAUCGAUUAUGGCCUUGCAGAUCACAAAGUUGCUUCCUGUCUGGACUCAAAAUUUCCCAGACUUCAUCAAAGCUCUUCUAUGACUUCCUUCACGUUCUAUCGCAACAAUCCGAUCAAGCAAUCGACAAGCUGGCAUCUAAUCCAGAUUCUCUCAGAGGCUGUGGAUUCCGUGGAACAUUUCUCAGACGAGCUUGCCGCGCUUCGGCUAUCUGACGUGUUAGCCAUCGAGUGGGAUCUCCGCCGCCCAAUCUUCCCUGAGCCCAACAUAGAUCUGCAAUACUCUCAUGCGCUUGUUGAGCUUGCGGAAAGAUUGGCCAGCUUCACAGGACCCUAUAUUGCGGUGCAUUGGCAACUAGAACGCGUCCCGGUAGAAAAUCUUGCGUGGUGUGCAGCAUCGCUCGUCUCUACUCUUCGUUCAGUGCUCGAAGACGAUGACUCGGGGCUUCAGCUGGUCUGGUUAGCUACCGACUAUCACACCUUUUCAAAACAGCCAAGUGGCGUGAAGACUAAGAGCGCGAGAUCUGGGACUUUCCGAGCUGUUACGCCGGAAAUUGAGGAAGCCAUGAACAUCCUUCAGGACGCAUUUCGGACGGGCGGUGAUUUAGACGGAUAUGCCAUGACCGAGCUACCAUCACAGAUAAAGAGGUUAAGAAUGUUCGAAGGGAACGUUCAGUUUGAAGAGAUUCAGAAGGACUCGGGAGUUUCAGGUAUCCUAGAUAAGUUAGUGUCGAUGCAGUCUCAGGUGUUUGUCAGCGGAUCUAGGGCUUGCAGCAAGACGAGUUCCUCUUCGAAGCAAAUAGUCGAAUUCCGAGAAAGCGUCAGGAGGGAUAAGGAAAUCGCUCUGGACAUCCGCAACGUUGUGGAAUUAUUCGGAGAAUGGUAG